UUUCUCACUCCCACUCUCUUUCCAUCUCUCACUCUCCUCACAAUGUCUUCCACAGUGUGUCAAGGGCUCCAGUCAUGCCUCGAGCCUGGACUCAUCGAACAAGGUGCCCAGGCCCUGAGGCUGGUUUUCCCCAAGCCCCAUCUGUUCAAGAGGACGGAAUCCCAGGCCUUGUCACAUUCUGACACACCUGAGCAGCAAUGCAAUAAUAAGGACACUUACCAAAAGGAUCUAGGUACUUUCAUCUCUGUUCAAUCACUUGCCGCGACUUCGACCAAAGAGUGCUACUACCAACAUCCCUUAUGCAGAAGCUCCAUUUCCGUUUUAAGGGAAAAGAGCCUACUGUUGUGCACUGAGAAUUUGGGCUGCGAGACCGGCACAGAUUUCAUAACUACUCAAUUUUCUCCUCAUUCUUCUAGUUCUGGUGCAUCGGAGAUUAAGUCUCCUAGGGUUAGAGAGAGAGUCAAAUCACACCAUAUUUCAAUACAGAAGAAAGAGGCAAAGUUUGAAUCUUUUCCACCUCCGUUGACAUCCAUUACUGGUCAAGCUUGCAUACAUAUGAGGUCCCACCGAGAAGGCGGAAGAUUGGUACUAAAAGCAAUCAUGCUUCCUUCCAUACACACUUUCUUUCAAGCUGAAAGGAUUGACGGCUGUCUUAGACUCCGCCUUCUCAACAAAAGUUCUCCAUGCUUAGAUGCUGGACAAGUAGGCGUGACAGAUGAAAAAGGAAACGUGGCAAUGGAAGCUGAAGAAGAAAAAAAAGAAAUACUCGUCACGGUAUGCUUAGAAAAGAGGAGAAAUGGCGAGGAGUGCAUGAAUGGGUAUGGAAAUGACAAUAUGGAUGAAAUGGGAAUGGGAAAGUAUCAAAGGCAAGGAAGGUGCAAGGAAGGUGGGCAUGGUGACAAGGGUCUGUUGAAUUGGGAGGCUUUUUGGGUAGCUAGUUCUUAAAAGCUUUCUUUGGAAUUUCUCCAUAUAAACUCACUAUUUUAUUUUCUUUGUGUAUGUUUUAUCUUCCUUUUCGUGUGUGCCAUGCUGGGGACCAUUUGGUUUUCUUAUGUUGUCGACCUUGGC